UCUAUAACUGGGAUCCUCGGUGCCGUAUGGCUGCCGGCUCCUUGGCAGCUGUCUUUAUGGACCAGUGGGCAGAGGAAAAUUGACGCUGACAAGACUUGCAUCUUGGAAGGGACUGGAAUCUAUUGUAGGGAAGAACAGAGCCUCUAAUCACGCGGGUGUAAAUAAGAGACGGAGGGGAGUCCAAGAGAAAAGGAAGGGGGGGGGGAGAAAAAAGUGUGUGUUGGGGGGAGUGGGGCAGAGCAUUUUUGGUGGAUGGUCUGAAGCCAGCCAUGGAAACUGCAGCCGAGGAAAAUACUGAACAAAGCCAAGAGAGAAAAGAAAAUUUAAAUGUGGAAAAGAUCGCAAGGAGCCAUUUGUGAACAGCAGAGCUGAAAUGGAAAUUGGCAGGUACCACUGGAUGUACCCAGGCUCAAAGAACCACCAGUACCAUCCUGUGCCAACCCAGGGGGACAGGGCUGGCCCCUUGAGCAGUCCAGGCUGCUUCGAAUGCUGCAUCAAGUGUCUGGGAGGAGUCCCCUAUGCCUCCCUGGUGGCCACCAUCCUCUGCUUCUCUGGGGUCGCCUUGUUCUGCGGCUGCGGGCAUGUGGCUCUCGCGGGCACUGUGGCAAUUCUUGAGCAACACUUCUCUACCAACGCCAGUGACCACGCUUUGCUGAGUGAGGUAAUCCAGCUGAUGCAGUAUGUCAUCUAUGGAAUCGCGUCCUUUUUCUUCUUGUAUGGGAUCAUUCUGCUGGCAGAAGGCUUUUACACCACAAGUGCAGUGAAGGAACUGCACGGUGAGUUUAAAACCACCGCCUGUGGCCGAUGCAUCAGCGGAAUGUUUGUUUUCCUCACCUAUGUGCUCGGAGUGGCCUGGCUGGGUGUCUUUGGUUUCUCUGCGGUGCCCGUGUUUAUGUUCUAUAACAUAUGGUCAACCUGUGAAGUCAUCAAGUCACCGCAGACCAAUGGGACAGCAGGCGUGGAGCAGAUCUGUGUGGAUAUCCGGCAAUACGGUAUCAUUCCUUGGAAUGCUUUCCCUGGGAAAAUAUGUGGCUCCGCCCUGGAGAACAUCUGCAACACAAAUGAGUUCUACAUGUCCUAUCACCUAUUCAUCGUGGCCUGUGCGGGAGCUGGUGCCACCGUCAUUGCCCUGAUCCACUUCCUCAUGAUACUGUCUUCUAACUGGGCUUACUUAAAGGAUGCAAGCAAAAUGCAGGCUUACCAGGAUAUCAAAGCAAAGGAAGAACAGGAACUGCAAGAUAUCCAGUCUCGCUCAAAAGAACAACUCAAUUCUUACACAUAAGUGUUUGCCAGAGUGUUUCCGCCGAAGAAUUGACAGCUCUGACAAAUCACCAGACAGCUGCUCUGCAGUACAGAUGUGUGUCCCACCAAACUCCUGUAGAAGUCCAAACACUUCCUGUCUGUCUCAAGCUGCUGGGAUGUAUUUCUAGGAAAGCCUUCCAGUGGGUAAAUCUUUUCCUUUAGAACAGAUAUAUUGGAGGUUUCACGUUAGCCAUUUUAAAAGGGCAACACUUUGACAAAAUGAUUGGUUCAUCCUUUUGAAAUCUGUGGCAUGUUCACACUUAGGGCUAGGGUAAUUGUACCAAGACAGGCCAUGGGAUGAGUCAUGCUCCUUGAUAGGGACCUGUGACUGCAAACUCACAUAUGCCAUCUGUCCUCAAGUCAGCGUAUUGCUACAGGUAAUAAGAUGGCAGUUCCAUUUCUGACAGCUGACAUUUGUUAACAUUUCGGCUAAUCAAAGAUAAUGUGAUGCUUACAAUCGAUCUUUUUU